UCUGACCCCUAGUAUAUUUUUAGUUGCUGUUAAUUCUCCGGAGCUGAACAACAGCUUACUUUAAAUAAUUCCAGAGGUCAAUUUUACUGCAGAUCACAGGACAACUGGAAAACGUCUUGAUUUAUUUGUUUAUACUUAUUUUUAUUAAGAAUUAAUACAUUGAUAAGGCGGCUGGUAAAUGAAACUGAGCGAGUAAACAAUUGAGUAUUCAGCAAUUAAUGUUGGGAGAGUAAUACUUUUAGUUAGCCUGCCUGUAACAGUAUGCUUUUGGGAGACGGUUGUGUUAGCAGUAUUUCACUAACACAAUGAUGCUGUUCAGGUUUGGUGUAAUCUUGACUCCGGAAUGCACAGACACUGAAGUUUUUGUGUUAGGAUCGAGGUCAGAAAUGGGACAGUGGGACCCUAAUAAUGCAGUGCCAAUGAAACCAGCGCAAGCUAUGCUAUCGACGUCUGAACCCUCGUGCUGGAUUGGAGAAAUUAUUCUGAAAGAACCCUUCAAGGAGACCUUCUGGUUUAAAUUCAUAAAACGGUUCGGUGACCACUUUACGUGGGAAGGCAAUGGACCACACCAUGACCGAUUCUGCACCUAUGAUGACAGCAAUGUGGUGGAUGGUGUUUACUGUUACCCGAUUGGUCACUGGAUAGAAACAACUGGAUACACCAAUGAGAUGAAGCACACCACUGAUUUUUACUUCAACAUUGCCGACCACCAGGCGAUGCAUUUUUCCAAGGUUCUCCCCAGGAUCUGGCUUGGUAGCUGCCCACGUCAGUUAGAACAUGUAACAGUGAAACUGAAGCACGAGCUGGGGGUCACUGCAGUUAUGAACUUCCAAACUGAGUGGGAUGUCGUCCAGAAUUCCAGUGGCUGUAGACCCAGAAAAUCUGAGUCCAUGAGACCAGAGACUAUGAUGGAGCUGUACAGAGACAACGGUCUUGUCUAUGUGUGGAUCCCAACUCCAGACAUGAGCACAGAAGGUAGGAUACGAAUGUUGCCUCAGGCUGUCUUCCUGCUCCACGGGCUUCUAGAGAAUGGCCAUACUGUCUAUGUCCACUGCAAUGCUGGGGUUGGCAGGUCUACGGCUGCAGUGUGUGGGCUCCUCAUGUAUGUCAUGGGGUGGAGUCUCAGGAAGGUGCAGUACUAUGUAACUUCAAGAAGAGCUGCAGUAUACAUUGAUGAAGAUGCUCUUGUUCACGCUCAAGAAGACUUCUAUCAGAAAUUUGGCCGUCUUCGAUCUUCUGUCUCCCUCAGUCAAAGCUGAAGUCUUUCCUCUUACCAUUUUCUGAUGGAAUAAGCCAUAGGGUUUAAACUUGAUGAAUUCAGAGGGCUUUUCGUCUUUUGUGUUUUGUUUUUUUCCCCAUACGCAAUUGCAGUAUGCUAUUAAAAUAUGUGAUUUGUCAAGUGUCAGCCAUAACAAACAGAAAUUGACUUUAUGAGUUUGUUAUUUGUUUGAUCAGAUUAACAGUUUUAUUUUACUUAAACAAGUUAAAAAAUUACUAUGAUAAAUCAUGCCCUGUAAAUCUGUGUCUAUAACAAUUUAUCAAAGUCACUUUACUCCAUUUAAAAAGAGAUGUACAAGUUGAUAGUACGAUGGGUUCUGUAUGUUUUAAUGUAUUAGUUGCCCAUGGUAGAAUGACAGUUCACUUAAAUGACAUUUCAAUUACCGUUUAAUAUUACAGGUAUCAAGUAGCAUUAAAAUACUAGGCAUUACCCAUUUUCUUUUAAUGGGACGAAAAGAGUAGUCAAACUGAAAUAAAAUGUGUUUUAUUCUAUUUAUAUUUUUGUCUCCAUUGUUUCUUGAAGAGUGGUUGUUACUUUAUUUAAGCUGAAACUGUUUUUUGUAAACAGAGAGUACAUUUCUCUAAAACAAUUGAAUUGAAAUUGUAUUAAUCUAAAUAGGCUUUAAAAACAGUCCAAAAAUAUUCCUUAAAUCCUUAAAGUUUUGUGAAUAGUGCCCAAUAAUUCCUAAAUAUGUUGAUAGAAUGUUAAGCUAUAUUGAAAGUGGUUAGAGAAGCGAUGCCAAGCAUAUUUAGGCCAGGUAUCUUUUUUUAAUUGCUAUGGCUACAGGGACAUCAGUGGUUGUGAAAACAGGAAGAUGAGUAACAGGUUUAGUAGUUAAUUUUGUAUUUGUAAUUUGAUUUUGACAACAUUUUAAAAAAAUGUCAGACAUAAAUACUUACUGUAAAAUGGCACAGCAUAUUGCCACAGGUGUAGUAGCGUAGGACACUUUGUUAUACAAUUUAAGAGGUAAAAGAUAGUGCUGUUUAGUGGCAUGCGAGAAAGGGACACCGCUAUGCAUGUGAUGCUGUAAAAAACUAAAAACUAACUCAAAUUGCAACUGUCUUUGGCAAAAUCUAAUUUGUGUAAAAAAAUAGAAAUGAGAAUGUACAUUCAACAAUAAA